UUUUUUUUUUCUCUCCUCCCAUCCGUGCAGGCCGCCGCCCUCGCGCUGCUCACGGAGAUAAAACAAAGUGAGCGGCGACGCUGUCCGCCACUCAUGAGCACAGCCAGGCAGCCCCCGGGAGCUGACGUCCUGAAGCCGGCCUUCUCCGCAUACCAGCGCCAGCACCACCCGUCCGUCCCGCCAUGUCCACGGGUUCCCUAAGCGACGUGGACGACGAGCUGCUACUGGACGGCCUGCUCAAGUUGACCUCGGCCGACAGCGCCGAGGACAGCUCCAACGGCGAGGGCCGGGCCGUUGACACCGCCGCGCGCGCGCCGCGUACCAAGCGGCGCAGGACUGCGUCGCGCAAGGCCGCGUCGCGCAAGUCCUGCGUGGGAGAGGAAGGCGGUGGCGGCGACGGCGUCCAAGGGGAGGGCAAACAGGUGCAGAGGAAUGCGGCCAACGCGCGCGAGAGGGCGCGGAUGCGCGUGCUGUCCAAGGCCUUCUCGCGGCUCAAGACGUCCCUGCCGUGGGUGCCGGCCGACACCAAACUGUCCAAGUUGGACACUUUGCGCCUGGCGUCCAGCUACAUCGCGCACCUGCGGCAGGUGCUGGCCAACGACAAGUACGAGAGCGGAUACGUCCAUCCCGUCAAUCUGACGUGGCCCUUCAUGGUUGCCGGCAAGCCUGAAAACGAGCUGAAGGAAAUGUUGAGCUCGGCGCGCUUAUGCGGCCCCACCGCAUCCUGACCAAAACACACUUUGGAUACCCCCCCGUCAUGCGCACGUCUUAUCUCCGCAGACUUUUCGAGUGGGAAUAACGGAGGGCUGCUUGGAGGGAAGGCACGCGUGCCCUCCUCCUCCUUUCGUUCCCGUAACAAGAAACUUAUUUAAGUGCAUUUUUUUUUUACAUCACUCUUUAUUGUCUUUGCUGGCCCAAGACAAAUUGGCAUUCUCUUUGGCAUAUGUACUCUGCAUCAACAUUUUUUUUACGUCUCUGAAAUUGUACAGAUGCUCGAAAUAUACAAUCUCUAUUUGUAUCACUUGA